AUGGCUACUCAUCCUGCACUUCAAAUAACGGGCAUCAAGGAGCCGUUGAAGUUGGUGCAAGUCCCGACCCCAAAGCCCCAGCAAAAUGAAGUCCAAGUUCGCAUAGAAUGGGUGCCUUCCGCACCCUUGGACGUGUACCAAGUGGAUGCUGGCUUAAUGGUCCAAUUCCCUCAGGGUCUCGGUGACAGUGGUGCUGGUACCGUGGUGGCUGUUGGGCCCGGUGUCGAACGCCUUCGUGUUGGUGAUCAAGUCUUUGGUUUCUUCUUUCACAACGAAAAGGAGAAGGGCCAACAGAUCUAUGUAACCGCACCGGAACAUCUCUUUGGAAAGGUGCCCCCAAGUGUGUCGCUGGCCGCCGCGGUUACGGUGCCGACAAACUUCUGUACCGCAUUUCUGACUCUCUCUGACAAGCUUGGGCUGGACCUGCCUUGGCCACGUCCCUCCAACUUUACCCCUCUGCACCAAGACGCACCGAUUCUCGUCUGGGGGGCAGGUAGCUCCGUUGGUCAAUUCGCAGUCCAGAUCCUCAAGCAUUGGGGAUACACGAACGUAAUCGCAACGGCAUCUUCCAAGCACCACGAAAAGAUCAAAAGCUACGGCGCCAAACAUGUCAUUGAUUAUCAAGACCCCAAAGCUGUUGACUCGAUCCUCAAGAUAUUGAACACAGAAAGCCCCGCCAUUCCCAUUCGUGCUUUUGACUGUGUCUCCUCGAAGUCUGGGUCACUACAGCAUAUCGCCACAAUCACAACCCUGCCAGGCUCAAUAGUGGCCGCUGUUCUCCCCGUUGUUACCCGCUCUCCUUCAGAUAAGGAGGGCGUGCAGGUUUCAGCUGACGUUGCCGGGGAAGCACCCUGGAUGUCUGGUGUGGAAGUCCACAGCGUUAUAAGCUAUGCUUAUGAAGCGGAUGCCUUCCUGAAAGAUCAUCUGUUCCCGGAGAUUGUUCCCGCGCUGCUCGAGUCGGGUGCCAUUGAGCCGAAUAAGUAUCGUGAAAUUGAAGGUGACUCGCUUUUGCAGAGGGCUUCCAAGGCUCUGGAUACCUUGAGAAGCGGCACUGUUAGUGGUGAAAGGCUGGUUUGGAAGCUUUGGACCAAGGAGGAAUACCCGCAGUAUGAGUAG